GCACGUUGUGGGCGACUAUUUGUAGCAGUGAUUAUGUUGAUGUUGCGUUGGCAGUUUGGCCGUUGUGUUUCCCAUGCAACUGUUUUAUUUCGAUAAUAAACGUUUGAAUGUUUUCUAGUGAACAUACUUUCGGACGGUUAAGUGGAUUUGAGAAUGGUUUUAUUUUGCCGCCUCCUAGAAGUGCAUUAGUCCACCGCUAAGUGACCAAGUUAUCGUUGCUAACGUGGCGUCUCUGUGUACACAACGAUAUUGUUCGCAAAAUUCGGCGGAGUAACGGAAGAGGCGAUGAGGAAAGUAAACGUGGUCAUCCUUGUGCUACUUGCUGUGGCUUUCCUGAUCAUAAUUCAACGGAAUCUCCUCAGCCUCAGCGACUUUUUACACAAAGAAAUCACACAUACUGGGGCCAUUCUUCCCUUUGAGGCGGAACUGUCUCCGGACCAUAGGGUGGAUUUGGAGAGACAAGGAGACGAGAUCCCUGUGGUCAUGACUGCUGCUGAGGAGAGGCUUGGUGCUGCUGUGGCCGCCAUGUACAGCAUAUACCAGAACACGAAAGCCAAUGUUGUCUUCACCAUUGUCACCAUGAACGAAACAGUGGAUCACCUAAAGGCGUGGCUGAGUGCACCUAGGCUAAAAAGCAUGAAAUAUAAAAUGGUUCUCUUCAAGCCUGAGCUGCUGCUUGGCAAGAUACCAAAAAGUCCUCAAAUGAUAGAUGGCACAAAACCGCUGACCUUUGCCAGAUAUUAUCUGCCUUUAUACCUGCCUGAGGUGGAGAAAGCCAUCUAUUUGGAUGAUGAUAUCAUUGUGCAAGGGGAUAUUAAAGAGCUUUAUGAAACAAGUUUAAAACCUGGACAUGCAGCAGCCUUCUCUGAUGACUGUGAUUCAGCAUCUGCCAAGGGCAUUGUUCGAGGGGCUGGAACUCAGAAUAACUACAUGGGUUUCCUGGACUUUAAAAAGGAGGCUAUUAAACAACUGGGAAUGAGGGCCAACACAUGCUCAUUCAACCCAGGAGUCAUCGUUGCCAACCUGACCGAGUGGAAGAACAUGAACAUCACUGGUCAGCUGGAGCACUGGAUGGAGCUCAACACACAGGACGAUUUGUACAGCAAGACGUUGGCAGAGGGUAUCACCACUCCCCCGCUCCUCAUAGUUUUUUACAAGCGUCACGCUACACUUGACCCCAUGUGGCACGUUAGGCACCUUGGCACAACAGGUGCUGGAAACCGCUACUCGCCACAGUUCGUCAAAGCAGCUAAACUCCUUCACUGGAAUGGACACUAUAAGCCUUGGGCGAGGACGUCCUCCUUCACCGACGUGUGGGACAGGUGGUUCAUUCCGGACCCCGUGUACAAGUUUCAUCCAGUGCGGAGACAUGUAGAGGACAAAUAAGACUGAAAAUGUGUGGGUAUCUGAGUAAGUCAAGUCAACCCGGCUGGCAGGAACACACCUCUCUCAGGAAUACAAAUACAUCCAUCCAUUUUUUGUACCACUUAUCCUCACUAGGGUCGCGGGCGUGCUGGAACCUAUCUCAGCUAUCUUUGGGCGAGAGGCGGGGUAUACCCUGAACUGGUCGCCAGCCAAUCGCAGGGCACAUAUAAACAACCAUUCAUACUCACAGUCAGACCUACAGGCAAUUUAGAGUCUUCAAUCAACCUACCAUGCAUGUUUUUGGGAUGUGGGAGAAAACCCAUGCAGACACGGGGAGAACAUGCAAACCCCACAAAGGUGGGGCCGGGAUUUGAACCCCGGUCCACAGAACUGUGAGGCAGAUGUGCUAACCAAUCAACCACCAUGACACCGAAUACAAAUACAGUGCCGUGAAAAAGUAUUUCUCAAAUUGUUGCAUUUUUGCAGUUUCCUCACUUUAAGAUCAUUAAACAAAUGUAAAUAUCAGACAAAUAUAACCCAAGUGAGCAUAAAAUGCUGUUUUCAAAUGGUAAUUUCAUUUAUUAAGGGGUAGAAAAAAACUUACCUGGCGCUGUGUGACAAAGCAAUUGCCCCCCCGUAAACCUAAUAACCAGUGUUGCCACAGUUACCUUGAAAAAGUAAGUUACUUCACUGAUUACUGGAUCUUAAAAGUAACUUGGUUACUUUACUGAUUUGAUUUCAAAACUACAUUAGAUUACAAGUAACUUUUUCAGUUACUUUUAGCAGCUGCCAAGUGGCAGGAAUAUUGUACUUAUCCACAGUACAAAAAAGAGCAUUAGCUUAACUGUACCCAUUACUUGGUAAUAUACACCCAACAGGUUACAGAAUAUCAACAUGAACCAAUAACUGAAAUAUUAGUGUAGUUGAAGCCACAUUAAAUGAGCUAUUUAGUGCAGACUUGACAUGCCAAAUAGAGUAAGUACCCAACAAUGUAAAGAAGCACACAAUUCUCUGGUACACUUCUCUAAAGACCCAUAACUAAUAGACAGAGACUGUUGCAACCCUGUAUAUUGAUUGAGGUUGUGGUUUCUAAUUGUGCAAGAGUCCAUGAACGCAUGCACACACGCUUGCUCGCACCAUCGUAAUUUUGAUGCGAAGAGAGAGAGAGAGAGAGAACUUUUUUGCUCCCGGUGACAAGAUUACACAACCGUUCACAUCUCUGUGGAGAUAUUUUGGCCCACCCUGCAUUUCAAUUGGAUUAAAGUCUGGACUUUGACAUGGCCACUCCCAAAGCUUCCUUUUUAAAAAAAAAAAAAAAGCCAUUCAGAAGUUGACUUGCUGGUGUGUUUUGGAUCGGUAUCCUGCUGCAGAACCUAACCCCUUCAGCUUGAGGUCACAAACUGACAGCUGAACAUUUUCCUUCAGAAUUUUCUAAGAGCAGAAUUCAUGGUUCCAUCAAUUGCAAGUUGUCCAGGUCCUGAAGGAGAAAAUCUGCCGAAGACUUGGAACUCUGCCUUGGCUGGCAUUUUUGCCCAGUCUCUUCCUUAUUGUUGUCAUGAACACAGACCUUAACUGAGGCCAGGAGGCGUGCAGUUCUUUAGAAAUCGUACUGAGUUCUUUGUGGCCUCCUGGAUGAGUCAUUGCUGUUCUCUUGGGGUAAUCUUUGUAGGCUGGCCGCUCUCCUAGGAAGAGUCACUACUGUUCCAUGUUUUCUACGUUAGGAUAAUGGCUCUCCCUAUGGUUCGCCAGAAUCCUAAAGGUUUUAGCUUUUGUAACCUUUUCCAGACUGCCAGAUGUCAAUUACUUUUUUUCUCGACUGUUCUGGAAUUUCUGUGGAUCGUGUCAUUUUGUUGCAGCUUUUUCAGAUCUUAUUUCUGGCUUGAUUUUUUUGGGGACAGAUUCAGUUUGAGUUUUUGAUAGAACAGGUCUGGAGGUAAUCAGGUGAUCAGUGAAAAUUAACCAAAAUAUAUUGCCAUAAUGAAUUUAUGAUUUAACAAGGGGGAUAAUGCUUUUUCACACAGGGCCAGGUAACUUUGAAUAGUUAAUUUUAAAACAGCAUUUUACAUUCACUUGGGUUAUAUUGGUCUAUUUACAUUUGUUUGAGUUUAAACAAAGUGCGGAAACUUCAAAAACAAGCAUUUGGGAAGGGAUUCAAUAAUAUUCACAGCACUGUAUUCUCCAGGGAUAACCUUCCACUCACCAUUGCUUAUUGGUACUGUAUUCAUAAUACAGUAUUGCGAGAGUAAAUUUGAAAUCACAGCUGCUUUAGUUGAGAUGAGCAUAUUCCCAAAUGUACUAAAACUUUCUUGCGUUCUGGUGGCUUUUUCAAGCGGAAAUCUUUGACGAAUUGAAAAGUGAAGAAUCAGCAGACCCUGACAAAGCUAAUCGACCUAUUUUGUCAAAUACAAAGCCAAUGCAUGGCUAAUAAGGGCACGUGCCAAAACAAUGAACUAUUCUCAGUUACACUGUUUACAUAGAGCUCUCACACGCUCACACAGACUAUUUGAAAGGGUUAGUUUCCAUUGUUAAAUUGGUGCAGCAGCAUCUUGCCAACUUUCAUGGGUAUCAUUCCAAGUCACUCAUGCUACCUUACCCUUCCUGUGGAAAAGUAAUGUUUUAUUGUUACUAGUGUCACUCCAUUUUCAAUGUCAGUUAACGUCAGUGACCUGUGCUGGUUCAGAAUUUCACUACAGGUUUUACACAUUUCUCUUUCUGACUGGUGAGUUCACACUUGGAUUGAACACAGUACAACAGUAAUUGUACUGAAAUAUCAAUUUCAAUCUUAAGGUUAGCUGUUACAAUGCCCCCACCCCCUCUUUUUUUUUUUUUUUUUUUGGUGACAAAGCCUAGCAAUUUCAUAUUUGUGGUGUGAAAGGUCUCUACAGUAUGAAACAACUGAAAGUCCUAAUUAAAUCCAUUGGUCAGCAGAUCGAAACUGGCUCAUUACAUUAGUCUCUUUAUACUUCAACUGAUUGGCACACGACAAUGGUGCCACAUGAUUCAUAGACAUUGACACCAGUUCAGACAUUUUUCACUUCUUUUUAGGUUAGUGAUAGUAUAAUUUAUGUUUGCCAGUUUGGACUGAUUAUGAAUUAUUCAAGUUUUUUUUCAUUAGUGUUAAUGAUGGCAGAAGUCACACGUACACCACACAACACCUACAUUUGGGUUUCAGGUGCCUCAGUGACCAUUGUUUUAAAUAUCUUUUGAUACGUUUACCUUCUACGUGAUAAUUUCUGUUCAAAGUUAUUAAAAUAAAAGUGGUUCACAUUGAAUUUUGACUUGUUUACUUCAU